AUGGCUAUCAAUUCCGCUCCCGAGAGCUCCCUCCUCUCCCUCCUCUACCGCUCCUACCCCGCCGCCAUCUCCCCCGACGAGACUGAGCCUGACCUCCUCGCCGCCAACCCCAAGGUCUUUCCCCGGACCACCUACACUCCUGCCGAAGAGGCAGACAUCAAGACAUGGCUGGGCACGACCUCCACCCUGCAGAGCGCCCUGACGAAAGAUGACAAGGCCGCCGUCACCGACCUCUUUGGUCAGAUCAACACCCACCUCGCUACACGUACAACCCUCCUAGGCUCAAAAGCCUCCGUCGCAGAUAUCGCCGCGUACGCCCUGCUCGCGCCCGUCGUCGAGAAGUGGUCGCCAGAGGAACGCACGGGGGAGAAGGGAUACCACCACAUCGUCCGCCACGUCGACUUUGUCCAGAACAGCCGCCUGUUCUCGCUGCAGAUCCCCGAGGAGGAAAAGGUGGUCAUUGACGUGAACGACGUCAAGUUCGUCCCCAAGCCCGUCGACGCCAAGGCCGAGAAGGAGCGCAAGAAGAAGGAGAAGGCUGCCGCCGAGGCCGCUGCCGCUGGGACUGAGAAGACCGUUGUUGUCGGCCAGACGAAGCCCGAGAAGCCUGCCAAGGGCGACGCCGCUGAAGCUGCCCCCGCCGCUGGCAAGUCCGAGGGCAAGCCCAAGAAGGAGAAGAAGGAGAAGCAACCCAAGGCGCCCAAGGCCGCCCCUGCCCCUGCUGCUCCUCCAUCCCCGUCUCUCAUCGACCUCCGUGUCGGUCACAUUCUUCGCGCUAUCAACCACCCCAACGCCGACUCGCUCUUCGUCUCCACUAUUGACUGCGGUGACGCUCCUGGCACCGACAACACAUCUCUCGACGAGGAAACCGGCAAGACCGUCCGCACAGUAUGCUCCGGCCUGAACGGCCUCGUCCCACUUGAGGAAAUGCAGGGCCGCAAGAUCGUCGCCGUCUGCAACCUCAAGCCCGUGACCAUGCGCGGAAUCAAGUCCGCCGCCAUGGUCCUCGCCGCCUCUCCCCGCGUUGCCGAGGGUGAAGAUUCACACGCCGGUCCCGUCGAGCUCGUCACUCCCCCCGCUGAUGCUCCUGCCGGAGACCGGAUCUACUUUGAGGGGUGGAACGACGGCGAGCCUGAGAAGGUUCUCAACCCCAAGAAGAAGGUCUGGGAGACGUUCCAGCCUGGCUUCACUACCACCGAUGGUCUCGAGGUCGCCUUUGAGAGCGCUGCUGUUCCUGUUGCACAGAGCCAGGAGGGCAAGCCUGCUCUUGGUAAGCUGGUGGCCAAGUCUGGUGGUGUUUGCACAGUGAAAAGUCUCAAGGGGGCUACUGUACGGUAA